AUGAGACCUAUCAUUAAUUACAAGUCUGCUCCCGGAUACAGACUCUCCAAGCACCUAAAGACGCUGCUGAAGGAUAGUCUGGAUCUACGCAAUAAAUAUACUAUUACAAAUACAACUGAACUAAUCGAGAAGAUGAAAUCGUUAAAGAUCAACGAAAACACUAAAUUCGUAUCAUUCGACAUCAAGGACCUUUACCCAUCGAUACCCACAAUAGAAACCAUAAAGACCGUACAAGAAAUACUGAUGGGAAAAAUUAAAAGAGAAGCUGUCACGGAAAUAAUAAACGCGUUGAAGGUUACAUUAAAACAAAACUACUUCCGGUUCAACAAUAAGAUAUAUAAACAGAUUAACGGGUUAGGAAUGGGCAAUCCGACGUCAGCAAUACUCAUGGAAGUAUUCAUGCAAACACUGGAGGAGAAAUACAUGAAAAACCUAUCGACCAACCUAGGAGUAAAAUUCUACGCGAGAUAUGUCGAUGAUGUAAUAUGUCUAAUAGAGCUAAACAAAGAGAAACAGAUACUAGACUAUCUCAACAAACAACACCAGAAUAUAAAAUUCACCAUGGAAACGGAAGAGGAAAGAAAGAUUAACUAUCUGGAUUUAACAAUUAAAAUAAACGAUACCACGAACAAGAUAGAGUUCGAAAUAUACAGAAAACCAACAGCCACAGACACAAUUAUACACAAUAGCUCAAACCACCCAUAG